AAAGGCUGCCCAUGUGGGCACUUCCAAAUAAAUCUCCAGAAUCGAUGCUUCAAAUACAUUGGAUGUUUACUAAACAACACAGAUAUGAACAAACUUCAACAAACAAACACACCCACAAAGGAAAAUCCGAAGACCCGAUCUUUGUUAUAAAACACACAACUUCUCUCUUUUUAGAAUCUCUUGUCUUCUUCUUUUUAACUUUCUUUUGUAAUCUCUUGUCUGAAAAAGAAAUGGAUCAUGUAAGUUCAAGUGAGUUACUUAUUGAUGAUCUUCUUGAGGAUUACUGGUUCUUUGAGAACUUAUUUACAAGAAGGUCGAGAGGCUUAAGGUAUUGUCACUCAGAUCCUUACCCCUCUUCUUCUUCUACUUCGACUUCUCCUGAAAAAAUGGGAGAUUCAGAUAUUGGGAAGGUUCUAGAAGCUUCCACAGGGCGAUCUUUAAUCAGGGCAUCUUCUAUAGAUAGUAGAGAAGGCGGAUCUCAGACGAAGCUGACGGGCCGGUUCUCUGAAAAGAUUAGGGUUCAAGAACAGAGACAAGUUGGGUCUUCCUUGCAGAAGAAGGAACAUGUGGUUCUUCCUAAAUCUGGAUCUCGUUCGGCUCCGGGGAAGAUUCAAGAAGCUUCCACAAAACGUGGUUUGAUCCGGGCACCUUCUUUGCCGCCUCAGAUAGAAAAACGAGAGAUGGACCGCGAGGCAAAGAAGAUGAUCAAUAAGCUGACAAGGCAGUUCUCUGAGAAGAUUAGGGUUCUAGAACCGACGAGGCCUGGUGAGCAUUUCUUGCAGAAAAAGGAAACUAUUGCUCGAGACAAAGGGAUUACUGAAAGUUCUAGAAGCAACAAAACAGGAAGUAGCAGUAGUUAUAGUAGUGUCAAGAUCAGUUUGCAAAGAACUCAAACGAUGCCAAAUAACAUGGGAAGAGAAGAAGAUAACGAGGAAGACGAGUUUGAAGAUCAAGAAAGCGACUCAAGAAUGGGAUUCUUGAUCCGUGAAGCCCUGGCUAGUUCACAUUAUGUUCCAAAGGUUUCAAACAAUCAAAGGCAGAGACCACCAAGAAGCUUGAGAUUAGAAGACACUGCUAUGGUCAAACAAGGUGGCUCAAGUCCCAAAACGCUGCGUAAAACGUUAAGCAGCGUAGAAACAACCAAAGAGAUUCAAAGGCUGAAAGGUUAUGACCAACUGGUCGAGCCACGUGUCGCAAGUGGAUUAGCUACACCACCUAGGGUUCCAAAGGAUUCAAGUAAAGAAAUGAAGGAUCAGAUCAAGUUUUGGGCUCGAGCCGUAGCUACUAAUGUCCGACAAGAGUGCUAAGAUUUUUCUUACACUAAUUAACUGUAUUUCGUACAGAUGAUUCUUAUCUUGAACUCUUUUGUGUGUUUUGUUUUUCUGAUCCUCCUGAAAUAAUGAGAUUCCUCUGUUUAUGUGAUGAUGAUGUUCUUCUUCUUUUUUUUGGGCAAGAAAAAAGUCAUGAUUGUGAUGAAGAAAAGGGGUUGAGAAACACAACAACAACAAAGAACAUUAUAAUAAUCAAAUUUUUAUGAAAAUUUUGUAUUUUAUCCGAAAGAAAGAACAUAAUAAUUUGUGAUUUGAUUGCGAAUUAUGCAGACUUUCC